GGGGCGAGGGAGCGCAUCAGACUGGGCUACCCAGCUGCCCGGAGUAGCGGAUGCCGAGGACCCCGCCAGCGUUCCGAGCCUCUCUACGCUUCUCGCCGACCCCUCGGGCCCCCGAAGCCGGGGAAGGAGGCCACUCCGGGCCCAGCACCCGCUCUACAAGGCGGACCUGCAACCCGGAAAGGCGGCGCGGAGUCGGAUCCUGCUCGGACCGGGCCCCGGCGGGCCGGCGCCGCGGGGAUGUCGGAGGCGCGGAAGGGGCCGGACGAGACGGAUGAGAGCCAGUAUGACUCGGGCAUCGAGUCUCUGCGCUCUCUGCGCUCCCUGCCCGAGCCCACCCCGGCCCCAGCCUCUGGGCCCUCAGACCGAGGGGGCCCCCAGCCCUGGACUCAUCCUCCGGGAAUCGCCAAGGAGCCAGAGGAGAAGGAAGACACAGACGGGGAGCGGGCUGACUCUACCUAUGGCUCCUCAUCGCUCACUGAGCCCCUGUCCUUGUUGGGGGACCCCAAGACCGAGGACCCAGCCCCAGACUCGCCGCUUCCCGCCGCGGGGGCGCUGAGCCCUCAGCAGCUGGAAGCACUCACUUACAUCUCCGAGGACGGAGACACGCUGAUCCACCUGGCGGUGAUUCACGAGGCCCCGGCUGUGCUGCUCUAUUGCCUGGCUUUGCUGCCUCAGGAGGUCCUGGACAUUCAGAACAACCUUUACCAGACAGCACUCCAUCUGGCCGUACAUCUGGACCAGCCAGGUGCAGUUCGGGCCCUGGUGCUGAAGGGGGCCAGCCGGGUGCUACAGGACCGACACGGUGACACGGCCCUGCAUGUGGCCUGCCAGCGCCAGCACCUGGCCUGCGCCCGCUGCCUGCUGGAAGGGCAGCCAGAGCCAGGCAGAGGACCACCUCAUUCCCUGGACCUCCAGCUGCAAAACUGGCAAGGUCUGGCCUGUCUCCACGUCGCCACCCUGCAGAGGAACUGGCCACUCAUGGAACUGCUGCUGCAGAACGGAGCUGACAUCAACGCACAGGAGGGCACGAGCGGGAAGACGGCGCUGCAUCUGGCCGUGGAGACCCACGAGCGGGGUCUGGUGCAGUUCCUCCUCCAGGCUGGGGCCCGGGUGGACGCCCGCAUGCUCAACGGGUGCACACCCCUGCACCUCGCCGCGGGCCGGGGCCUCAGCAGCAUCUCAUCCACCCUGUGCGAGGCAGGUGCCGACUCCCUGCUGAGAAACGUGGAGGACGAGACUCCCCAGGACCUGGCCGAGGAUCCCUUUGCCCUUUUGCCCUUUGAUGACCUGAAGAUCUCCGGGAAGCCACUGCUGUGUGCUGACUGAAGCCGGGACAGACUCUAGGGCCCCGGACGCUCCACCUCUUCCCAUCUGAAAGCUGGAGCCACAGCUGCUACAGUCUGGGCCCAGGCCAUGUGCCCUGGGGACUGCUGAGGCCAGAGCCUGGGGCCAGCACAGUCCCGAGCUGAGAGGAGGGACCGCAAAUAAGAGAGCCAGUCUGGAAGGAAGAGCUUCCAGGUGGAUGGAAGGACCCCCAAAGCCCCAGGCAGCCUGGGCGAAGCCUGUUUACCUCUGUUGAAGAUGGCGGGGCUCUUGUCUCUACCCAUGUGGGGUCAGCCUGAAGCUGCCAGCCGGUAGGCAACAUGGACUCUCCUGAGUGAGGAGAGACACUGAACUGUGAGUGAGCAGGGCCCUGAAGGGCUCCAUCUCACUGCUGAGGAGGACUUUGAAACACUGUUGUUUAAGGACUUCACACAGAAGGCCCUGAACUGAGCCUUUUGGGGAUGGGGAAGUUUCAAUAACAUGACACUAAAACAGCAGAGGCUUUUAAACACCCCCCCACCCCACUCCCGCCCCGAGUUGUUUUGUGCGUGUGCCUGUUUGUGUGCAUUGGGGAUUUUGAGACAGGCCUGCCCUCUGACCUUGUGGUGGAGGCAGAGAGAAGGAAAUUGUCACUUGAGCAGGGUAGGGCCUUGCAGGGAGGGUAGGGAGGCUAAUGGUCCUCAGGCCUCUCUGUCCAGCACAGACCCUUGCCCUUUCUGUGGAAAUGCAGAUGGAUGGAGGAAGAGAAAGAGGAGUGAGAAGAUGCAAGUGGGAGGCCUCACCACGGCCCUGGAGGAGCCUGGAGAGAAGGGCUAGCCUGUGGAGGGUGACACGAGGGAGCGUGGCUUCGUAUGUUGUUUUCUCUCAUUCCACAUCUGUUUGAGGCACCUGUUAGGUCAGGCCUAUGCUGGGAUAGAAUGUGGGAAUAAAACAGUUUCUGGCCACUUGGA